AUGUUCGCCGGGAACUUUGCAGCAGUGGGAGCUGAGAGGGAAUUUAAGACUCCAGCCGCGGAUGAGCUUCGAUUCAAGACACCAGUAACACCAAGUGCUGCACCUGGAGCACCACAGACAUCAAUUUCUACGAAGACUGUGCAGACAUCUGUAUCAAACACCUUUGCAACACCUGCUUCAAGUAGCAAGGGCAGGCCACAAUCCAGAUCUGGUGUGUCUGGCAACACUGAGAAAUCAGACUCCGUGCGCGUGCGUGGGGCGCGACUAGUGAAGGAGAUUUUCGAGGAGGUGUAUCCGCACUGGCAGGCCCUGGUAAAGAUGAAGAAUGAAGGUGGUCUUGAGGGGAAAGAGAGAGGCUAUGGAUUAGAGAGGUUUGAGAGUGGGCACGUUCUAACUCGUCUCGUCUGUAAAGGCGCACAUGCGCUCGGUAUUCUCGGGGAACACGAAUAUGAACUCAAUGUUCUCGAGUCCCUGCUUGCGCAGAGGUGGUGGCGUCGUGGACGACGGGGGAGGUGGUACGAGCGCUGGGCACUGAUCCUAGAGAAACAUGUAGUCAGAUAUGAUGACGCUCUUUUGGCAUGCCUCGAUGCUCUUAAAGAUGAUGAUACACAUAUUGUAUUUCGUCCCAAACUUGACCGCCGCUUGACAGCUCUUGAAAAAAAGCUCAAAGUUGAGCCUGCAGAUCGGCAUACGAGCGAAUGGAACCUCCAACCCCUUGUGUUAGUCUCCUUGGAAGGAGUACGCGUGCGCCACCGUGCAGCGAGUUUAAAACUCGACCGUUCGGGGAGGAAUAUCAAUGAUAGUGCCAAAUCAAAAGUUUCUAUCACUCAAGCGGGAGACAUUACUAAAUUUUUGUCACCAAAAAAGCCUGGCGUGACAAAAGUGGAUGCGACGCCUGUAUCGAUCAAAGCCGAGGUAAGUGAACGGAAAGAGGAGAAAGGAAAGUUCAUCUGGACCAAGGGUUCAAAGGAAUCAUCACUACCUAUCCUCUUCUGGGAUAUCAUCUUCCUCCCCAUUCCCGGUGCCUUCGAGACCCCUUUCCAGACUGCACCGUUGGAUAUCGCAGAAGAAGCAUUCUAUCAUGCUCGACGAGAUCCCAUCGAAACAAGGCUCAAGGAACUCGAGGAUGGACAAGGAGAGGAGAUUGUGAACCGAGUAGAAGCAGAGCAUAGAGCACGCAAGAUGUGGUGCAUAGGUGUAGAUUGGGAACUGGUAGAGGAAGGUGAGAUUGUAAAGAUAGUUCGUCGUCUUGGCGGAACAGCGUUGUCUGUGAUAUGUCACAUUGUUUGUGAAGACUAUGCUGGGCGCUGCUCUGGCGGUCCAGAUCUCUUUAUGUGGAAUGCGGAUACAGGAAAAUGCAAGUUCGUCGAGGUUAAGGGCCCAGGUAAUAGUCUUCAGGAAAAUCAAAAGCUCUGGAUCGACGUCCUUCUCCGAGCCGGGACAGCUGUGGAGUUGUGUUCAGUUCACCAACAAGGUAAAGGGGAUGAAAACAAGACGGGGAAGAAGGGGAAGCCAAAGGGAAGCACUAAGAAGCGGCGAGGCAAAGCCAAGGAUAUGGUUGAAUCCGACGAUGAAGAAGAUGAGGUGCAGCGCAUGUACGAAUCUGAGGAUGACGCUGAUGCUUUGCCCGUUGCACCAAUCCCCAUAUACAUGGACGACGAGUUUCUGUGGGCGAGAUCGGACAAGGAGUACUAUGUCUCGCUGUCCAGUGCACUACGCAGUAGUGUGUCCACAUCGCGAGAAAACAUCUUUGAUGAUGCAAGUGGUAUCCCAGUGCGAUUGAAUACACGGGCCGCAUCUUCCCAAAAGUCUAGGCUUUUGGAUAUCCAUGCACACCCUGCUGAGUCGAUCUCCACUAGACUGGCUUUGAUGCGCACAGACAAAACGAGAGAGACGAGGGUUGCUUUUGGAUCAUCCACUCGUUCUGAGAUUACAAGGACGUCGUCGAAUUUAACUGUUGGUACGAGAACCAAAGGGUCUUCGCUAAAGCGCGCCCCGUCGACAAUAUCGAUCUCUUCAUCGAAGACGAGAGAAAGCGCUCGCUCAAAGACGCCUGCCAAUGAAGACGAGGACGCACGCACAGAAAUCUUGUCUCCGGAUUUACCCAUAGACCCUGUAACCCCCGUGACCGACAUGAAGAGACAGUCAACAAAAAUAGUUGUUGAAGCCCAGAAACCAAAGGUAAGAACAAAUGCAGGGAGGACGAGGACAGAGACGGGCAGCACAGGCCUUAAUGCUAUCGGUACCGCAAAGUCCAGGGGAAGUAAGGAUAAGGGAAAGGGCAACGAAGUUCAUGUGGAUGCGGAAGAUGCUGGCAAGUAUGAGGAAUUAAACGCCGUGGAAGAAGACGAAGAAGAGGCGCAAGUGACUCACGAGCGCGAGCUCUCGAUGCAAGUUUCCCCUCGCCGACCCGUGGAACAGACCUGGGUUCCAUCACCGCUCCGGCAAAACUCAGGCACAUUCCCUAUGCAAUCUGGAGCAAGUGGUGCGUACGAGCUCUUCCGGGGGCUCAUUGCGGACAUGCAGACCAAGAACCACGCAGACGUAAAAGCGCUGCACGUUGAUAUGCUGCGAAUGGGGCGCGGGCUUCGGCAGGAGAUGUAG